AUGGCUUCCACGACACCCUACGGCUCAAUCUCAGCACCCCAAGAAGAACACGAUACCUCCACAGCCAUCAAUUCAUCUUCAUCCUCUUCAACAGUUCGAUUCGGCACUCCUGAAGCCCUCGAACACGUUCAAAAACUCACCGAUGUCAGCGGCAAAGUCCGCCAACUUGAUCUUGCUCAGUCCCGCGUCAAUGACACUCUUCUCCGCACUGACGCCAUCAUAAAGAGAGGUAAUUGCAUUGAUGGCGUUAUGAAAGCUCUCCAAACUGAAGAUUUUGAAUCAGCUCAUCAGCUAGAAGGAAUUUUCAGGAAGAGGUUAUCGACUGUUGUGGAUCAACGGGACCACCUAGCGAUCCUUCGGUUCAUUAGAGUAUACUCUCCUCUCGGUUUGGAGAAUCAAUCUAGCAACAGCAAUCCUCUGCCGCUGCUACUAAAUCAAAAUCAAGUGAACUUUGUUGCUUGUUUGAAGAAUUUGUUCAAAGACAUUGUGUUAGCCAUAGAAGAAAAUAAUGAGAUUUUGAGGAGUAAUCUAUAUGGUGAAGCUGGAAUUGUGUAUGCCAUAUGUGAGCUCCAAGAUGAGUGUGAUUCUCGGGGUUCCUUAAUUUUAAAGAAAUACAUGGAAUAUCAAAAAUUGGUUAAGUUGACAUUCGAAAUUAAUACUUCCAAGGGUAACUUACUUUCUGUUGGAGUCCAAGGACCUGAACCAAGGGAUAUCGAAUUGUAUUUGGAAGAGAUUUUGCAAUUGAAACAGUUGGGUAAGGACUACACUAAUUAUAUAGUGUCCAAGAUAAGAGGUUUGAGUUCAGUUGAUCCAGAAAUGCUUCCCCGAGCAACCAGAGCUUUUAGGAGCAAAAAUUUCAGUAAAGUUGUUCAGGACAUUACUGGUUAUUAUGUGAUUUUAGAGGGCUUCUUUAUGGUGGAAAAUGUGAGGAACGCUAAUAGCAAUGAUGAGCAUGUACUUGACAGCCUCACAACGUCCAUGGUGGACAACGUGUUCUAUGUUCUGCAGAGUUGA